CAAUUCCCUCAGACUUUCACAGUUGCAAACUGCAAAGCAAGAAGGAAGGAGAGAGAGAAUUGAGAAAGCAAGAGAGGCGAAAUGGGUCGAAAGAGCUUCAAGGUAGAGUUCGACGAGUCACCGCCGGACGACUUCGAUCCCGCGCACCCAUACAAGGACCCGGUUGCAAUGCUUGAAAUGCGGGAGCAUUUGGUUCGAGAGAAAUGGAUCGACAUCGAAACAGCUAAGAUCCUCCGUGAGAAACUCCGGUGGUGUUACCGUGUUGAGGGUAUUAACCACCUCCAGAAGUGUCGCCACCUUGUGCAGCAGUACCUUGAGUCCACUCGCGGCAUCGGUUGGGGCAAGGAUCAUCGUCCUCACUCCCUCCAUGGUCCUAAAGUGGAAUCGGUUGAGGCUGAAUGAAUUUGUUUGCCUUGCUUCUCGCAUUGUUUUGAGAUCACUAAACGUGGUACCAUGCCGAUGAGAAAAAGGAUGUAAUGGUAUAAUACUGCUGGCCUGUUGAAACUGUGCCAUGACAUUUGAUGUGUAGUUUUAUUUCAACUUGUUAGUCACCCUUAAAACCUUUUGUAGAUCUUGAUGGAUUUUGCUAUUUGGAAUAAUAAAUCAUUUUGUUAUCUGAAAUUUUGGAUUGCAAUGGUGAAUGAAAUCACGCUUUAUGCUUGUUGCUUUG